AUGCCCACCCAAUCAACCUCUACUGCGCCCCCGAAAAAGUCCAGAAAACGAUCCUCCUUCUCUGAACAUACAGCUGCAGAAAAUACACAAGAUCUGAAUAAAGUGAGAGCCUAUGCAGCGUGUAGAAACUGUCGUACAAAAAAGAUCAGAUGUUUACCUGGACCAUCAAUUUCGUCUGGAGAUAACAUUAAUGGACAGGUACCAGGGACGUGUCAACAGUGUAUACAAGCUGGACUAGAAUGUUCCUACCCACCCACAAGAGAUAGAGCAGCAUACAGUCGACAGUACGUGCAGAAUCUAGAAACGAGAGUACAAGCUCUUGAAGCCAUGCAAGCCAGAGUCAUCCCUUUAUUGGAAGCUUUCGAAAACACACAAUCUCUUGCUCUCCCUCUACCUCAAUCAAUUCAUAGAAAGAAUGAAAUUUCGCAUUCAACCGUCCCUGCUCAAGGGGCUUUGGUAGGAGAUGUUCCUGUAAAUGUGUUAGAGUCGGAAGGAGACGGUGAAGGUGAAAGUCAAGAAGAUGAUGCGAUGCAGGGAUCGGACGUAGAAGAUGGAGGGCAGAUGACUCAGGAUGAAAGAGGUAACUAUCGAUAUAUAGGAAUGUCUAACACCUUAUCAUUACUCGACUCCUUUUCUCACCGAGAUCGCGAAAGAGAUAAAGAUAAAGAUAAAGAUGCGGAAAACUUGAUCCAAGGUGGACCGAUGUCAAGAUCAAAUUCAUUCGCUCUCAGAUCCAACACUCAACUAUCCGAUUCGAAUUCUCGUCAGUCCCCUGCAAUAUCUGAUCAUACCACCCGAGGACCGAAUCCCUACUUCAGUCAUGUAGCUGGAUCAGGCGUCGUGAAAGCAUUACCACCCGUACAUGAAGUGCAAUACCCUUCACCGGAAGAAGCUGUCAAAUUCAUAGAUGCCUUCUUCGAAGAGGUUCAUCCUUCUUUACCUGUUGUCAUAGAACAUGAAUUUAGGAAGGAGUUUAAGGAUAUAAUGGAUGCCAGGGCAAGAGGUGCAUUACCUACACAAGGUCCAUUCCUUGCUGUCGUCUUUGCAAUGUUCGCUCUUGGAGAAAGAGUCCUGGUCACUUCGAAAGCUUGGCAGAGGGAACGAAAGAGAAUACAAGAUGAUAUUGAAGGUGACGAGGACACAGUCCUCCCGGGAGAAGCUGAAGCAGGUGUGAUAUGGUUCGAAAGAGCUCAAAUCCUUCAUUACACCUCCCUAAAGGAUAUCAACAUCAAUCAAGUCCAAUGCCUUACACUUAUGGCAGCUUUCCAAGCGAGUGUGAACGCUAUGCCUAUGUCCUGGCUUCUUGCCGGACAAGCAUUACGAGUAGCCCAAGAUUUAGGUCUUCAUCGAUCGACUUCCAGAUUACCUAUCCCUUUCGCCGAGAAGCAACUUCGAUCGAGAUGCUGGUGGGCAAUAUACGGGUUAGAGCGAAUGAUGUCAAUUUCGCUGGGACGACCACUAGGAGUAGAUGAUCUGGAUAUAGAUGUAGCCUAUCCGGCAGAGAUCGAUGACGAAGGUUUGGAAAGGAUGGCCCAAGACGGUACGCCAACCAGUCUCGUUAGCGGUACUGAAGAGCCCUUGGGAUCUACAAUGUCAGGAUUUAUCGCAUUGACCAAGUUAUGCAAGAUUGCCGGCAAAGUCGCUCAUUUGCUGUACAGACCCGCAAAUGAAAAAUCCGUUUCGGACCCUUCAUGGGCGGCAUCGCAGCAGACUGCUAUCAAUAAGGUGGACAAGCUGCUAAGGGAAUGGCUAGAUCACGAUGUGCCGUCAAAAUACAAGGAUCCCUCUGAUAACCGAGCGGUAUCCUUAGUUUCAGCCAUAUUAUCCAAUUCGUACUUCGCUGUCCUCAUCACACUUCAUCGGAAUUUCCUUCCUUCUAAUCCCGAUUACCCACGACCCAAACCACCUCCUUCAUCACAGUCACUCGCCAGAUGUGUCGAAGCCGCUCGAUCAGUCAUUCACAUCGCCUCUCAAUCACGUACUUUGGUACCUCCGUCCCAUCAUCUAGCGGUAUAUUGUCAAUAUCUAUGGUCAUCUGCUAUUAUCCUGCUGUUAUGCGAAGUGCAAGCCAAAGACCAGCUGGUCAUUGAAACGGUAGGAUCCCAUGUAGAAAGCUGCAGAAGAACCCUGCAGUCCCUUGAACCCGUUUGGCCGGGAUCAAGAAAACUCAAAGAACUAUUGAAUGACGUAGCUAGUCGCGCGAAAGAAGUCGCACAAGUAUCGAAAGUGAAUAACCCAAGAAGUAAGAAACGAAAAGCUAUCUCAUUAGACAACAUCAUCAAUACGACCAACAAUGUUGGUCAACCUCAAGUUGCUGGUCAGAUGCGUCCACCACCUUCACGAACUCAAUCUUCUUCUGCAUCGCCACAUAGACCUAGUAUACCUUCAGCAAACUACGGCGAUAACCAGACUAUCCCAGGUGCAUAUCAAAGCUCAUCCCCAUCUGCUCACGUUGUACAACCUGGAUCUAACCCGGACAAGCGUCAAAGGUCAUACCAAACUUCCGAUACUAGAACUCUUAUCUUACCUGAACCAUCUCAAGCUCCACAAGCAAACCUGCCUCAAACCCAGACUCAUAUGCCACAACAAGCAACAUACUUCAAUAGCGGCCAUCAUAAUCCUUCGAACUUACCACCACCUUACCCUUCCAGUACACCUACACCUACUUCGGCUCAUAUCUUGCCAGAUCAAAUGGAUGUAGGAGUAUACGAUUCCUUCGAUUUGGGUGGAGUAAGCUUCAACCCCUCAGAAUUGUUACAGGGUUUUAGCGAUUCAGCUUCAGCUUCAAAUUUCUGGAACCAAAUGACCUUCAUAGAAAACAGCAACAACAAUAACCAUAAUAAUACGACUUAUGGACAUGGACAACAACAAGUUUUCUCGGGUCAAAAUACCCCAAAUUCCAAUAGUGGAGCGAAUACUUCUGGACCUUCACCUGGAAUCAUACCUCAAGCGCAAUCGCAAAACAAUAAUGGUUCAGUAGGAUAUAAUACUAUCCCAGGUCAAGGACAGGUAGAUCCAUUCGCGGAAUUCUGGGCUCAAGUAGCUGGGAAUUCAUUCGAUUGGCAAGCUGAUCCGAGCGUUCCAUUCAACAUUUGA